UCUACAUUACAAUGUAGCAAAGCGGUAAACCGCUAGACCGACCACAAGUAAUAAAGUUUGAAGCUGUCAAAACAAAAACAUUUCAAGCAUUCCCUCACACUGAAAUAACAUCAGAUAAUAAGGAAAGUGAAGAUUUUUGUGAAAAUUUAAACUCAAAAUGCCAUCGAUUGCUGUUUUGGAAAAUGUAGACGAUAACGAGUCAUCAUGCACAUUUGUAUUUGAAAAUGAAGGCCACACUUUGGGCAAUGUUCUGAAAUCAAUCAUAUGUCGAUAUCCAGAUGUGAAUUUUUGCGGUUACACUGUACCUCAUCCAGCUGAUACAAAGAUGCAUUUACGGAUACAAGCUUCCAAGAAUGUUCGUGCUGUUGAUGUUCUCCGCAGAGGUCUAGCUGAUUUGGAAAAAGUUUGUGAUCAUACAAUAACAACGUUUGAGAGUGCAUACAAUGAUUUCCAGGAACCAAAGUAAAGGCCGGGAGAAAUGUCCAUUUUUCAUUGUACAUUUUCGCUAAUAGUUUGUACUUCUUAUACCCACCAUAAUUCUAAUAUCAUAUACAUGGAUAAACUGGAAUAAAACAAAUGUUGAAUCAGUUCUAAAAGUU